AUGGCCUACAAGUCGACUGGUCCUCAAUUCACUCGCAGUGAUUGCUUCUUCGGCAAUGGAGUAUCCGCUACUCAAUGGCUAAAACACUUUCACACCAUAAUAUCCGGCUACGAGUAUACAUUAAAGCAGUACCUCGAAUGGCUUGAUUUACUUCUUAUGGACGACGCUGGUAACUGGGCCGACACGAAUUCUAACGCUAUCCGUCUUCUUAACGAGUUAGCUCCGUCUCAGCAGACUAUCAUCAGCUUUACAAGCUUGUUCUGUACACGAUUUGAGUCCCUUAUCGAGUUCCACAGCGGAGUACGAGACCAGCCACCACAGCUACCGGAGCAGCCUGUCAUACCACUAUCAGAGCAGCCUACAUUACAGCUACUAGAGCAGCCUCGUAACACACUACCAGAGCCUGCUCCAGAGCUACCAAAGCAGCCUCCCCUACAGCUACCAGAGCAGCCUAUGCCAGUCAUACCACAGUCAGCUCCAUCAGUACCAGAGCAGCCUGCUCCAGAGCUACCAGAGCAGCCUAUCCUACAGUUACCAGAGCAGCCCGUUAUAUCACAGUCAGCUCCAUCAGUACCACAGCAGCCUACUCCACAAGUACCAGAGCAGCCUACUCCACAAGUACCAGAGCAGCCUGUCGUACCAGAGAAGCCUGUCAUACCAGAGCAGCCUACUCUACAGCUACCAAAGCCUACUUUACAGCUACCAGAACAGCCUCCCCUACAGCUAUCAGAGCAGCCUAUGCCAGUCAUACCACAGUCAGCUCCGUCAGUACCAGAGCAGCUCACACACCUCACUCAGCAGUCCGUUACUACCCUACACCAUUGGAUCUGGCCUAUCAUGGGGGUUGGUUAG